AUGGAGGACGGACAUGAAAUUUCGAGCUCCGCAAGUUUAAGAAAAAAUAGCCGACUUUUGGCAGAAACUCUGUCACAGUUAGGUUCUGACGAUUGGGGAAAUAUAUCAGAUAUACCAUUAGUUGAAAACGUGGCUAACGAAGGGCAAAACAGCGACGAGGAUUGCGAAAUCGUAAAAUUUAUCGAAGAUACCGAGAGAGAUAUUGCAGCAAAGUCGACUGAGCACGUGAAGGUUGUAUUAACAAGAGACAAAACAGCAAACCUUUAUAAAAGAAGAGAGAAAUCUUGGACUACUGUAAAA